UCACAAAAUUUUUAGAUAAUCCUAGGCAAGAUAAAAAACUACCUGAGAAUACAGAUAUUAAUGACUCUACCCUAACUUCAAGACAUAUAUAUACUAUUGAUACUCUUAUCCCUUAUGAAGAGUAUAUAAUCUUAAAGGAAACAUCA